AUGAACAUAUUACUCCCAUUCUCCACUCACUCCACUGGCUUCCCGUCUCCUCCAGGAUUGAAUACAAGGUUUCUCUCCUCACACACCAAUGCAUCCAUGGACAUGCCCCACCCUACCUCAAAGAACUUAUCAACCCACAACACAAAACACGUUCCCUUCGCUCCACUCAUUCGAACCUCCUUCACAUACCCAGAACUGGACUAUGGCAUAAAGUGUGAAAAUAGUUUCAGUGAAGAUGAACGUCCUGCAGAUCACAAGAGGACUCACAGUGAGGAGAAACCUUUCACAUGUCAACAGUGUGGAAAGAGUUUCCCUUUUCAAUCGAACCUUAUCCGGCACAAGAAAGCUCACAGGGGGCAAAAGCCACAUGCGUGCCAGCAUUGUGACAAGAGUUUCCCAGAUAGAAAUCAACUUAAGAGACACAUGAUGUCUCACACUGGAGAGAAACCAUUCACAUGUCGACAGUGUGGAAAGAGUUUUAUAACUGCAGGUGAACUUAAGCAACACAUGAGGACUCACACUGGAGAGAAACCACAUGUGUGCCAUCAGUGUGUAAACAGUUUCACCUUUCAAACAAGCCUUACCCGGCACAUGAAAGCUCACAGGGGGGAAAAGCCACAUGCAUGCCAUCAUUGUGGAAAAAGUUUUGCAACUGCAGGUUUCCUUAACAGACAUUUGAAAAUUCACACUGGAGAGAAACCUUACACGUGCCAAGAGUGUGGAAAGAGUUUUAUCUUUCCAUCGGACCUUAACCGCCACAUGAAAACUCACAGUGGGGAAAAGCCGCACACAUGCCAACACUGUGACAAGAGUUUCCCAGAUACAAGUAAACUUAAGAUACACAUGCGGUCUCACACUGGAGAGAAACCACACGUGUGCCAUCAAUGUGGAAAGAGUUUUAUAACUGCAGGUGAACUUAAGAUACACAUGAGGUCUCACACCGGAGAGAAACCUUACACUUGUUAUCACUGUGGAAAGAGUUUCUCGAUUGAAAGUAACCUUAAGGUACACGCAAGGAUUCACACUGGAGAGAAACCGUUCACAUGCCAUGAGUGUAUAAAGAGUUUCAAAACAAAAGCUGCCCUUAACAAACACAUGAGAAUCCACACUCGAUAGAAACCAUUCAUGUGUCAACAGUGUGGAUAUGGCAACAACGUUUAGAAAUCAGCUGAGGUUUUAUUAAUAAAACUGUCUGGAGGAUCCUUACUAAAAGUCUACAUGCACACAGAAACCAAAAAUGGUGUACGGCAAAAAAGAUUCAGGCCGUUUCUCAAUCUUUGUUCUGGUCUGUUCUUGUGUACUUGUGAAACAUCAUCAGUUGUGCCCCAAGUACUGUUCCAAUUCCAAGUUAACAUCAAGUCAAGUUCACAUAACAUCCCCAGAUGUUCUUGAUCCGCUCGCUUUAUUGAGGAUGCAUCAGAAGGUGACUUGUGUGGACUUAUGACAACCAAGUUUCCCAUAAUGCAUUUUGCGUAUUCUGCUACUACUACUAAUACUACUCUUUCUGUGUCAUAAAAUG